AUGGCGAGAUGUGAGUGGGUGUCGAUACGAUGGUGCCAUGUCCUCGUCCUUUUCUUGACUCUGCUAAAGACCGGCAAAGUGGAAUCACGGAGACAUUAUCGCUACAGUACUUAUUUGGAUAGUUUACGACGUUUCCAUCUUUGGUGGGAUGUUAAUUACAAAACGAACACCGUGAAUUUUCGUUUAUUGGCUGUUGUCACCCCUGACGAAUGGUUUGGUGUUGGUUAUUCCCAAUAUGGUAAAGCGACCAACGCCGAUUAUUUUGUGCACUGGACAGAUAAAGACAAGAUGCAUCAUUGCAAGGAUGCCUGGACUGACCAAAAUGGCCUCCUUCACAUAGAUGACCAGCAGGACUACACAAUACUUUCCGGACGCUAUAAUAACCAUGCAAUGAUUGUGGAAUACGAAAGAGCUUUCGAUACAUGUGAUAAUUACGAUUUUCCUUUCGAUAAUGGAACCAUUCAUAUAGCAUUCUUUAUUGGCAAAGGUCAAUUUCACUUUCCAGAAGACAAGAAUGUAACUCUCUUGUCACCUGAGUCGCAACGAAUCUUUAUGUUAAAACCAGAUCUUCCCAUCUCUGUACACCCGAAAGACACAUGGACAUUUACGAUUGUCGCACCAAAGGUCACUAUUCCGGCAGAGGAAACGACAUAUUGGUGGUAUACGACAAAGCUUCCUGCCAUGUCGGAAAAGCAUCAUAUAAUACAGUUUGAAGGUGACAUAAUGAAAGGAAAUGAAGAUCUGGUGCAUCAUAUUGAAGUCUUUCAUUGUGAAGUGGGUCCCAAUGAAAAGAUUCCCUAUUACAAUGGGCCAGGGUUGGCAGAAGGAAAACCAAAGGGACUUGAGGUGUGCCGAAAAGUGAUCGGGGCAUGGGCGAUGGGUGCGGCCCCUCUUCAGCUGCCUUCAGAAGCAGGAUAUCCCGUUGGUGGUCCCAGAUAUUCCUCACAUGUCUUGCUCGAAGUACAUUACAACAAUCCUUCAAUAAAACGAGUAUUUCUAUCUAUCUAUCUAUCUAUCUAUCUAUCUAUCUAUCUAAUUCACUCUAAUCUAUCUAUCUAUCUAUCUAUCUAUCUAUCUAUCUAUCUAUCUAUCUAUCUCACUCUAAUCUAUCUAUCUCUAUCUAUUUCACUCUAA